ACAAAAAUAAUUUCUUACAAUGAACAAUAACUAUAAAUUAUUGUAAAAUGUAUAUGUAUUAUAAAUAUUUUUAAUUUUUAUUUUUUAACGAAUUGAGAAUGAAUCAAUUUGAAUAUUAUAUUGUCUAUGUAUACUCUCUAACGAAUAGUACCAUAGGUUACAAACGAAUUACGAACUCGCACCGUGCCACUAAUAAUGCGGCUAUUGCUGAAGGGGUUGUUGCUGGUGCUGCUUUGUUGUUUGCUGCACCUGCAAUUGCACUUGCUUAUUGGCGACGAAGAAAAUCACAGGAUCAUUUAUUUGAUGAACCUGCUCAGGAGGAUCGAGAAAUUCAUUUACAAAUAAAUGAACCUGCUCAGGAGGAUCGAGAAAUUCAUUUACAAAUAAAUGAACCUGCUCAGGAGGAUCGAGAAAUUCAUUUACGACAGCUCAAAAGGUUUUCUUUGCGCGAGCUACAAGUUGCGACGGAUACCUUUAGCAACAAAAAUAUUAUUGGUAGAGGUGGAUUUGGUAAGGUUUAUAAGGGAUGCUUAGCAGAUGGAACUCUGGUUGCUGUAAAAAGACUUAAAGAGGAGAGAACCCAAGGUGGGGAGCUACAGUUCCAAACAGAAGUUGAAAUGAUUAGCAUGGGUGUCCACCGCAAUCUGCUUCGUCUGCAUGGUUUUUGCAUGACACCAACAGAAAGGCUGCUUGUAUAUCCUUAUAUGGCUAAUGGAAGUGUGGCAUCAUGUUUAAGAGAUCGUCCAGAAGGACAACUUGCACUUGAUUGGCCAAUAAGACAACACAUUGCAUUGGGAUCUGCAAGAGGCCUUGCUUAUCUACAUGAUCACUGUGAUCCAAAAAUUAUUCACCGUGAUGUGAAAGCGGCAAACAUAUUGUUGGACGAGGAAUUCGAAGCAGUUGUUGGAGACUUUGGGUUGGCUAGACUCAUGAACUACAAGGAUACACAUAUUACCACAGCUGUACGUGGCACAAUUGGUCAUAUAGCACCAGAGUACUUUUCAUAUGGAAGGUUUUCCGAGAAAACUGAUGUUUUUGGAUACGGAGUCAUGCUUCUUGAACUCAUCACUGGGCAGAGGGGUUUUGAUCCUCAGCUUGCGAGUGAUGAUAAUCUCAUGUUAGUUGAUUGGGUCAAACGGUUACUGAAAAAUCGGAGGUUAGAAACACUUGUUGAUUCUGAUCUAAAUAGAAACUAUAUUUACGAUCAAGUAGAGCAGCUGAUCCAAGUAGCUCUACUGUGCACACAAGACUCCCCAAGGGAACGGCCCAAGAUGUCAGAGGUUGUCCAAAUGCUGGAAGGCAAUGGUUUGGCUGAAAGAUGGGAGGAGUGGCAGAAAUAAGAGGUGUUCUUGUGAAACCCCGUGCUUGGAUUUCAUUGUUUAAAAUAAGGUAUUUUGUAUUCCUAGUUUUGACGCGUUUAUAUGUGUGGCGUCUGUUUUUUUUUUUUUUUUAAUGGGUAAAAGAUGAAAAUGCCCCUCUUGUGCUAAACGGGAUUUUACAUAGACGUAUUUGAUUCUUUCAUAUUUUUCUAUU